CCCUCGCACUCUUUCACCAGCAACCCAUUUCUGCUCUUCUCUGCUCUUCUACUUAAAUGGAACAAAGAUCCACCGAUGCCCAUCACGCUGCUCCUCCACGGUAUCGCGGCAUUCGCCAGCGAAAAUGGGGGAAAUGGGUGUCUGAAAUCCGGGAGCCUGGUACGAAAAAGCGCAUUUGGCUUGGGAGUUAUGAAUUGCCGGAGAUGGCCGCUGCUGCUUAUGAUGUUGCUGCAUUGCACUUCAGGGGACCUGGAGUUCAACUCAACUUCCCUGAACUUGCUGAUAGUUUUCCUAGGCCAAGGAGUUCUAAAGCAGAGGAUGUGCAAAUGGCGGCUCAAGAGGCUGCUUUACGGUUUAGGAAUAGAAGACCGAUGAUGAAAAGUUCAGAAGCAGUGGACGGCUCUGGUGGUGGCGGCGGCGGCGGCUGUAGCGGCGGGGGUUUGGGUCCUGUAAGAAUUGGGCUUUCGCCGAGUCAGAUUCAAGCUAUUAACGAAACUCCUUUGGACUCCCCCAAGAUGUGGAUGGAGUUGGCUGGAGCUCUGCUGCUUGCAGAGCCCAUGGUUUUUGCAGAUGAUGACACUUAUCAAUUUAGCGAGUUUGAGGAAAUUCAAGAUGCCUCCAUUUGGGAUUGCUAAAUUUAAUUAACGUAUAUAAUUAAAUUCAAUCAAUUUUUAACAAUUUAUUGCAAGAUAUUUAAACAAUUGCGAAUUUCUUUCUGUUUUUUUUGAAGGAAAACUAUU